CAGGAAGUGGAUGGUUGUAGUUCCGUUGCAAUCCCGCGGGCUCUUAAAAAAAUGGCGCCCUUGGCGCCGGGUAGGAGCUAAGACCGAGCCGGGAUCGAACCUGGGCGAACUGUGGAAAAGCUGAGGCCACGGCUCCGACCCGGGAACUGGGUCUCUUAGAACAGGAUAGUGGGAAGCCCGGCGAUGGCGACUGUGGAUCACAAGUCCCCGAAUCUACUGUUGCAAAGCCUGUGCUGCCGGAUCCUGGGCCGCAAUGAGGCUGAUGUGGCUCAACAAUUCCAGUAUGCUGUGAGAGUAAUUGGAAGUAAUUUUGCUCCCACCGUGGAAAGAGAUGAAUUUCUUGUCGCUGAAAAGAUCAAGAAAGAAAUGGCAAGGCAGAGGAGAGAGGCAGAUGCUGCUUUGUUUGCAGAACUUCACCGUAAACUGCAGUCGCAGGGCAUUAUAAAAAACAGAUGGGCUGUACUCUACCUCCUGCUAAGCCUCAGUGAGGAUCCACGUAAACCUCAAAGCAAGGUUGCUAAUUAUGCAGCAUUAUUUGCUCAAGCAUUGCCAAGAGAUGCUCAUUCUACCCCUUAUUAUUACUCAAGACCCCAGAGUCUGCCACUGUCUUAUCCUGAUAGAGCUCCCUCAUCUCAGAGUGCCGGCAGCAUUGGAAGCAGUGGCGUUGGUAGUCUUAGUGUGUAUGGCUUAAAUGGACCAACCCCAACUCCUCAGUCUUUAUUACCUGGACAAACAUACCAAACUACAGGAACGGCAGAUACAGUGAGACAGCAGUUAGGUUCAAGGUUUGCAUGGGCUUUAUCUGCUGCUCAACCUCCAUUAUCUACCUCAAAGGGCCUUCCAAGCUCCAUCCCCCGCAAUAUUUCAAGAAUGAGACGUGAAGGAGAACAUGGAUCAUCUUCAGAAGUGACAGAGGCAGCACUAGUCAGAGAUAUUCUAUAUGUCCUCCAAGGAAUUGAUGGCAAAUCCAUUAAAAUGUGUAAUUCUGAAAACUGCUAUAAAAUUGAUUCCAAGAUGGGACUGUCGAAAUCUUUGAGGGAUACUGCAAGUAGGUUAGCAGAACUUGGAUGGCUUCACAACAAAAUAAGAAAGUACACCGACCAGAGAUGCUUGGACCGUGCCUUUGGUCUAGUGGGUCAGAGCUUUUGUGCUUCCUUGCAUCAGGAGUUGAAGGAAUAUUACAGAUUAUUGUCUGUUUUGCAUUCCCAGAUACAAGUGGAAGAUGACCAAGGUGUAAAUGUUGGUCUGGAAAGUAACCUAACACUCCGCCGCCUGCUGAUUUGGACUUAUGAUCCCAAGAUGAGACUGAAGACACUUGCAGCACUUGUUGAUCAUUGCCAGGGGAGGAAAGGUGGCGAGUUGGCAUCUGCUGUCCAUGCUUACACUAAAACUGGGGACCCAUACAUGAGAUCACUGGUGCAACACAUUCUUAGCCUUGUAUCUCAUCCCAUCCUUAACUUCCUUUACCGUUGGAUUUAUGACGGAGAGUUGGAGGAUACAUACCAUGAGUUUUUUGUAGCUUCCGAUCCAACGGUGAAGACUGACAGACUGUGGCAUGACAAAUAUACGCUGAGAAAGUCAAUGAUACCAUCUUUCAUCACAAUGGAUAAGGCCAGAAAGGUGCUUUUGAUUGGAAAAUCUAUCAAUUUCUUGCAUCAAGUGUGUCAGGACCGAACUCCAACAGCAAAAAUGAUGAUGGCUGUGACAAAAUCUGCUGUUUCACCAAAAGAUGCUGCUGAGUUGUUCACUGAUUUGGAAGGUGCUUUUCAAGAAAAAAUUGACUCAGCUUAUCAUUUAACCAGCAAAUACUUGCUGGAUGUCCUCAACCAGAAUUACCACUUGCUGGAACACAUUAAGGCUGUGCGGCGUUACUUGCUACUAGGUCAAGGAGAUUUUGUUCGACACCUCAUGGACUUGCUGAAGCCAGAACUGGCGAGAUCAGCGUCAACUUUGUAUCAGCAUAAUCUGACUGGAAUCCUUGAGACAGCUGUCAGAGCCACCAACGCACAGUUCGAUAGUCCUGAGAUUUUGAAACGUCUGGAUGUUCGACUUCUGGAGACAGAAUUGUCAGGGGUGCUCCAGCAGUGUCAUAUUCUAGCAUCAGAAAUGGUACACUUUGUGCAUCAGAUGCAGUAUUAUAUCACAUUUGAGGUAUUGGAAUGUUCAUGGGAUGAACUAUGGAAUAAACUGCAGCAGGCACAGGAUCUUGAUCACAUCACUGCUGCACAUGAAACUUUCCUCAACACGAUAAUCUCUCGAUGUCUGCUGGACAGUAACUCUGAAGAACUGUUGACACAACUUCGAGCUCUGUUCGAUCGAAUCCUGGAGUUUCAAAGUGCACAGGAUUCCAUGUACCGUUCAGCUCUGGAAGAACUGCAUCUCCGGCUUCGUUAUGCAGACAUCAAGAAGCAACGACAGGCAGAGGGUAUGUGGGGAACGACAUCAGCUGAAGAAGAGGCAGAAAAUAAAAGAAUUCAUGAAUUUCAACAGUUAAUUCCUAAAAUGUCUUCCCAGAUACGGGUGUGUUCCCAUUUCUACCAGGACAUUGUUCAGCAAUUCCUGGUACUGUUGACAAAAAGUUCUGAUGAAAGUCUCCGUUUCCUUAACUUCAGACUUGACUUCAAUGAGCAUUACAAAGCAAGGGACCCCCGACUGCGUGCCUCACUGGGCAGCAUCCGGGGCAAACGCAGCUCAGCAUUGUAAAGUGUUGUCCACACGUUUCCAGCUAUCACAGUUAGGGAUACAUUUACAUGUACCUUGGUUUUCUGCUCUCUGCCGUCCUGUGAAACCUAUGUUUGUAUUGGCUGCCAGUGAUGUACCGCACCACUGGGAGUAGAGGAAAUAAUUAGUCAUCUGAUAAAAUGUUAAAUUCCUUGAACAAGAAAUAUAUCCACAUGACAGUGUAAGUUAUUUAUAAUCUAUGAAUGUUUAGUUUGAAGUUGAACUUGAAGCUUGAACUGAAGGUGGCAUUUGGCAAUUUUUAACUUCACUUUGCUGAAAGAACUUUACAGUGUGUACAGAAAGGUUACUGUUCCAGACCUAAACCCACAUUUUAUUUUACAGAUGACAAAAUUAUUUAAACUGCUAAGCAAAAAUGAAGUUUGUUCAAUAACAAAAAUCUUUUUCUAAAUUGAGAAACUCUUAGUCUUUUUCAUGUAAUAUACAUUCUGGAUUGUCACAAUUGGUAUUCAUUUUAAAAACUCAACAUAUGCAGUGAUUAAAACCCUCAGUUUUUACAUUGUGUAAAUAGUUUCAGGUCUUUUGAUCUUAUUAAUACAUUUCGAUGUAUGAGAAUGUGGAUAAAAGGUAAAAGAAAAUAAUUGGAAAUUGGUUCCUUUUUAAAAAGUUGUAUUUGUUAUGCAGUUCAGUUUUUUGAUAUUGAUAUUGUAGGAGAAAUCCAUACAUUUAACCCUUUGUAGAUGCACUGGCUAGGUGCCUUUAUGUUGAGGACUCCCUCCUUGUUCUCAUCUUUCUGCUUUUCAAAGCAUAGAAGCAAAGGAAUUCCAAGAUUGAAAUCUGUUACUUUCAAAAGAAUUACAUUAACUUUACACUCUGUCCAAUCCAGUGCUGAUUUUUGGGAAGACUUAGACACACCUUGGACAUUAUCACUGAUCAAACUGAGUGGUAAAUGGACAGAUGAGAUGCUUAUGUGUUACAUUUGAAAAACAGCAUGAUUAUCACGACUUGGAAUGUUUGAAUAUACCAGAAUCCCUAUUCUGCAAUUAGAGAAAUGAUUCUAGCAGCAACAUUUUGGCAUGGUAUUUCAAUGUCCAGUUUUCCUACUCCUGAAGCAUCUAUACUAUCCUAAGUUGGGCCAGAAAUCACCAGAAAAUUCACUGUCCUGCAAUAAAGUUUACUUUGUAGCUUCUUGAAGGUCAGAACCUGUUACAAAUUAUAUUCAGAAGGUUAAAACUCUUGCUUUAUUACAAGAUUGGAGAGAUAAACCAAACUUAUUUUUUGAUAAUAAAGACAAAGUACUGGAGAAGCACAACAGAUCUGACAACAUCUGUGGAGAGAGAAAUAAUCUGGGUUUUGAAUCCAAUGUGAAUACAAUUAUCAUAAUGGACUUAAAACAGUAACUGAAUUCUAUCCAAAGAUACUGCCACACCUGCUGAGUAUUCCUGGUGUUCUGUUUUUAUUUCAGUAUCUACCUUACUUUGCUCUUGUUUAUAUUUUCCAUUUCUUUUAUGUUUACUAAUAAUAAAUGAUUUCCCUAAUAUUCAGA